GAGGCGCUCCGGCGGCCGUGAGCGGCGCUGGCUGAGGGCUGGGCGCUCUUUCGGCGCCGAGCGGCCCCCGGCACGACGUUGCCGGCAGCGCUCUGGCCGACGGGCGGCGAAGGAGGAGGAGGUGUCAGACUCCGUCGGCGCUUGCCGGCAACGAGGAGGAGCGCAACGGCCAGCGCGGUGGCCGAAGGAGAAGAAAGGGAGAGCAGCGGCUGCCGGUCGGCCCCGCAGCACUGCUGCCGCCACUUCCCUGCUCGACGCUAGCCUGCCCGGGAACCUGAUCUGCUCCCGGAAACUCUCGGCUCUCGCGGCGGUGGGCUCUCGGCGAGCUCUCCGCCCCGGCGCAGUGUGCUGAGAGUGGGGGACAAGUUCUCGCACUUCUCCGAAGACUUGGGUCUGCCCCACGCCGAGGGCCGAGGCGCUUGGUGUCCCCGCCGCCCGUCGCAGCGAGAGAACUUCACAUUCCGAGCUCAGGGAGGCGAGGAGGGCCCAGGAGCUCGGGCGGCGGUGGGGCCGGACAGGCGGCCGCAGAUAUGAAGCUGAGUCGUCAGUUCACAGUAUUCGGCAGUGCGGUCUUCUGCGUAGUGAUCUUCUCCCUGUACCUGAUGCUGGACCGCGGCCACUUCGACCACCCGAAGAGCCCCCGGCGGGAGGGCACCUUCCCCAAGGGACAGCUUUCAAUAUUGCAAGAGAAAAUAGAUCAUUUAGAACGCCUUUUGGCAGAAAACAAUGAGAUUAUUUCCAAUAUACGAGAUUCUGUGAUCAAUCUGAGUGAAUCAGUAAAGGAUGGCCAAAAAAAUCCAGAAGCUAUAAACUUCAGUCAAGGAUCUGUCUCUGAGAUCUUUCCUUCUGCUUCGGUUUUGCUUGCAGUUGAUUCUGAGGAUUGUUUGUUUGCUUCAAAAAGUGGAAGUCAUGGUUCAGAUGUACAGAUGUUGGAUGUCUAUGACAUUCUUCCUUUUGAUAACCCAGAUGGUGGUGUGUGGAAGCAAGGAUUUGAUAUUACAUACAAUGAAAAUGAGUGGGACAAUGAACCAUUACAAGUGUUUGUCGUACCUCAUUCACACAAUGACCCAGGUUGGCUAAAGACUUUCGACGAUUACUUCAGAGAUCAGACACAGCAUAUCUUAAACAAUAUGGUUGUGAAACUGCAAGAAGACAACAGAAGGAAGUUUAUAUGGUCUGAGAUUUCUUACUUUUCAAAAUGGUGGGAUGGAAUAGACAGCCAGAAAAAGGAUGCUGUUAAAAGGUUAAUAAAAGAUGGACAGUUUGAAAUAGUAACAGGAGGAUGGGUCAUGCCUGAUGAAGCAUCUUCUCAUUAUUUUGCUGUGAUUGAUCAACUGAUAGAAGGACAUCAGUGGCUAGAAAGGAACCUUGGAGUGAAACCAAAAUCUGGUUGGGCAGUUGAUCCUUUUGGCCAUUCACCGACAGUAGCCUAUCUUCUGAAACGCACAGGAUUCUCCAAUAUGCUUAUACAGAGAGUUCAUUACUCUGUUAAAAAACACUUUGCCAUGCAGAAGACACUAGAAUUCUUUUGGAGACAGAACUGGGAUUUGGGAUCCAGUACAGAUAUCCUUUGUCACAUGAUGCCUUUCUAUAGCUAUGAUGUUCCUCAUACUUGUGGUCCCGAUCCAAAAAUCUGCUGCCAGUUUGAUUUCAAACGUCUUCCUGGAGGAAGAGUAAGCUGUCCGUGGAGAGUUCCACCAGAAGCCAUUCAUGCUGGAAACAUUCAACACAGGGCUUGGAUGAUUUUAGAUCAAUACAGAAAGAAGUCAAAGCUUUUCCGUACUAAAGUUCUGUUGGCUCCACUAGGGGAUGAUUUUCGCUAUGUUGAGAGCUCAGAAUGGGAUCAGCAGUACCAGAAUUAUCAGAAGCUGUUUGAUUAUAUGAAUUCCCAUCCUGAGUGGCAUGUUAAGGCCCAGUUUGGAACUUUAUCAGAUUACUUUGAAGCUCUGCGUAAAGAAAGCAAUUUGGGUGAAAAGCACAGCAAUUCAUUUUUCCCUGUUCUAAGUGGAGACUUCUUCACCUAUGCAGACAGAGAUCAUCAUUACUGGAGUGGAUACUUUACAUCACGACCCUUCUAUAAACGACUGGAUAGAGUUCUGGAAUCCUACUUAAGGUCAGCUGAAAUCCUCUACUCCUUGGCUUUGGCAGAGUCUAGAAAAUAUGAAAUACUGAGUGUAUUCCCAUCAGUGAGUAACUAUAAAUUGCUGACAGAAGCUAGGAGGAACCUUGGACUUUUCCAGCAUCAUGAUGCUAUUACAGGAACAUCUAAAGAUUGGGUAGUUGUGGAUUACGGCACUAGGCUUUUUCAUUCAAUAAUGAAUUUGAAGAAAGUGAUAGUUGACUGUGUUCAUAUUCUUAUCCUAAAGGAUAAGGGUGCUUACAGUUACGACGCAUCAACUCCAUUCCUGAAGAUGGAUGAUAUUCAAUCUUCACAAGAUUCUUUGCCACGCAAGACAGUUAUAAAGCUGACAUCACAACCAAGGUACCUCUUGGUAUAUAACCCUAUGGAACAAGAGAGAUUAUCAGUGGUUUCAGUCAAUGUAAAUUCACCCAGACUUAAAUUGUUAUCUCCCCUGGGAAAACCUGUUACUGUUCAAGUUAGCGCUGUUUGGGAUGGAGCAACUACAGUAUCACAUGAAGCAUAUCAGAUCUCAUUCGUGGCACAUCUACCACCUCUGGGGCUUGGAGUUUACCAGCUUUUGGAGGUUCAGAAUUCAGAAACAGUUUUAGCAGACUAUGAUAUAUACAUGAAGAAUAAUAGGCAGGAGAAGUUAGACAGACUUUUCAAGAUAAAAGAGAUGGAGCAUUCUGUGGACAAUAUCAUCUUGGAAAACUCUUACAUGAAAUUAUGGUUUUCUGGAAUGUCUGGAUUGCUGGAGAAAGUAAAUGCCAAAGAAGACGGUAAAAAUCAUCCAAUGAAAGUGGAGUUUGCUUGGUAUGGAACUACGAGUAACCGGGAUAAAAGUGGAGCUUAUCUCUUUUUGCCAGAUGGAGAUGCCAAGCCUUACAUUUUUACAGAUCCACCUAUCAUAAGAGUUGCCCAUGGAAGAAUUUUCUCAGAAGUUGUGUGUUUUUUCCACCACGUGACACAUACCAUGCGACUGUACCAGGUCCAGGGUUUGGAAGGCAAAUCUCUUGAAGUUUCCAAUAUUGUGGAUAUUAGAGGAGAAUAUAACCGUGAGCUUGCAAUGAGGAUUUCAUCUGACAUAAACAGUCAAAACAGAUUCUACACUGAUCUUAAUGGAUAUCAGAUCCAGCCCAGACUGACAAUGAGCAAAUUGCCUGUUCAAGCAAAUAUCUAUCCUAUGACUACAAUGGCUUACAUUCAGGAUGUUGGUGUUCGUUUGACGCUUCAUUCAGCUCAGUCUCUAGGUGUUGCAAGCAUGAAAAAUGGUCAGUUGGAAGUGAUCAUGGAUCGUCGACUUAUGCAGGAUGACAACCGCGGCCUUGGACAAGGUGUUCAAGAUAACAAGAUUACAGCUAAUCUCUUCCGACUUCUCCUGGAAAGGAGACAUGGAACUGAUGUGAGUGAAGAGAAGCCAUCAGUCAGUUUUCCAUCACUUCUCAGCCAUCUGACGUCGUCUUUCCUGAAUCACCCUGUCAUUCCAAUGACGACGUACUCUGAUUCAGGUGUGCCAGAGAUGCUAAAUACCUUCUCUCCACUCAUGUCACCCAUACCUUGUGACAUGCACAUAGUCAAUCUGAGGACAAUCCAAUCAAAGGAAGAUGCUGAGCCAUCGAAUGAAGCUGCUCUGAUCCUGCACAGAAAGGGAUUUGACUGUAGAUUUUCAAAUGGAGACAUGGGUCUGUUCUGUUCCACUACUCAGGGAAAGAUAAAGAUGCAUAAACUCUUUAACAAAUUCAGAGUGGAAAGUCUUACGCCAGUAUCUUUAUCUUUGAUGCAUUCACCUCCGGAUGCCAGAAAUCUAAGUGAAAUAAAUAUGAGCUCUAUGGAGAUAAACACAUUCCGGAUUCAGCUAAGAUGAGAUCUGUCUUUCAUACUCAGAUACAGAAGAGGAAUCUGCAGUUUUAUCUCCUCUCAGUUUCACGUGCAAUAAGAAGCACAUUAUCAUCGUUAUUAUUAUUCCAGCUUCUGGAUACUGUGAGAAAAACAUGCAUUCUUAACCAUUUUUUCUUGAACAACAGAGUGAAAAGCCAUGUUGCAAGCAACUUUCUCUGAGCUUUCCUGUUUUGUUCAGGGUUAUUUUUCGUUUGGUUGGUUGGUUUUGGUUUUUUAUUUGGGUUGUUGUUUGUUUCUUUUUUAUUUUUCAUAAAAUAGCAGCAUCUGUAUAAGUUAAUGCAACAAGUGAAGAAAUUUCUAAGGAUGUUAACCUCUCAACAGUUCAAAUCUCAGGUUAAAUGCUGACUAAUGAUGUUUUAAUUUUCAUAAAGAGGGGAUAGGAAUUCAAACAGCCUUUCUUUGCUCAUCCUUCCUGAGUAUGGGUGCAAAUACUUCAGCGUAGAAAGUUCUGAUGCAGCUUGGAAAUAAAAAGGAAUCAAAUGUUCUUGUGUAGUAGCUAAUGUCCAAAUAUUUACAAUCAUUUAUGUAAGUCACAAUAAUCUCCAUUUAUUCCACAAUUAAUUUCGAUUUAUUCACCACAAAGGGGAUUAUUAAUUGUGGUAAAAUGAUAGCCUGCAGUCCUUUGGGAUAAGUGGUGGUGGAUGUUAAUAUUUCUGCCAUUCACUUGAGUUAUGUGAGUAGGGCAAAAACGUGCACCUGCAAAGUAAUUUUACAAUAGAAGUGUUUUAAGAAGACAAAUCCCAUUUUGUUACUUGACACACUGGGAUAUGUGCAAUUAUUCCAUUAUCAUGUGUGGUAAGAAAUGUCCAUAAUUACCAUGAAACACAAAACUUUUGAUAAAACUCAUUUAGGGCACCAGUGUUCACUGAAAUGAGUUUUCUAUCUCAAGAUCACCAUAUCAAGAUAAAUGUGCCUUAUUUUUUUGAUACGUCUUGUUAACAAUUUUGGUGUCUAUGUUAAUGAUUUUUGGGGAAAGGUAGUUUAUAUAAAUACUUAAGCUGUGUUAUUUCCUAUUUGACAGUGCUGGCCAUACUCUGAUCUAUGUCCUCCUGCACCAAGUUUGUGCUAUCUUUAUCCUGAGCAUAUUGACUAUUUGAAUGUAUUAAAAUGAUGUCAUAAAAGUGAAACGCAGAUUUAAAGAAAGAAAAAAAAUUACUGUAAAAUAUAAAUUUCAGCUGCUUUCAAGGAAAUUGCAACUUGAUGCAGAGAGUUGAUAGUGAGCAAGACAUCGUUUGCAAACCCAUCAGAACAUGUGCUUGCAUGUGACAGACUGUGGUGACCUGUUGAUUCAGAAUUACGUGCCUAUAUUGUAAACAAUGUUUAUCAAACCUGCAACCUCACAUUACCAGUGUUCACAUUGCUGAAGAAUGGAAUCUAAUUUUUGACUGUUAAUCCACAUCUAGAGCUGAAGUGUGAAAAAAUUCAAGUGUGAAAAGUAUUUCCCUAAGUAGAGCUGCUGUUUACAGUUAAGAUGAUAUAUAAACGCGCAGUUCGACUCGAUGAUUCCGUUUCCUAGUCUUCAUUUGUCUUCAUAACCUUCUUCCAAGUCAUGCAUAUGCUUUACUUUUCCACACAUCGUUGCUUAUCUUUAAUGCCAAUGCAUGAAAAGUCAUCAGAACUGGUAAAAAGAUGUGCUUUUUUCUAGCGCUAAUACUGCUUGCCGUAUUUCAUUCUGCCAUCGUGCCACAACGUAUCAAAACAGCUGCAGGCUGUCCCAAAAUAAAGCAAAACUUUGAUUUCCUGCAUUGUCACAGGUUGGAUCUCUGUUGAGAUUGUGUAGGUUUCCCUACUUAAUUCCAAUCUACCGUGUGUGUUGUAAUUAAUGGGAUACUCAGUAGGAUCUGGUGCAAGUUAUGUCAAGAAUAUAAGAACCACUAACCACAAAUGGAAGAAUCAGAUGCAUCCAAUAAAUGGAUAUUUUCAUGCAAUAAACAUGUACUGUAACUUUUCCUAGCUGCAGUAUUUGAAAAUACUAUUUUUUUGGUUGAAAUUCAAAGCUUGGUAGACUUAGCAGAAUAGAUUUCUCAUAACGUUUAUUUUGUUACAUCUUCAGAAUUAAAAUGCUUCAGAGACUUUUAUGUGUUCUAUACGAGAGAGCUUCUAAAGUACUGUUCCAGUUUUGUUAGGCACAGAAAUAAAAUUUUGAUGCAAUAAGA